CGUGCAGGUUUUUUAUUUUUAUUAUUAUUAUGUUUUUUUUUUGGGGAGGGGGACGGGGGGGGCGUACGACAGGAAGAUGGGGAUAUGGCAAGGAGAGGGGGAUAUGGAGAGGAGGAGGAGGAUGUGGAUGAGGAGGACAACGAGGAAGAGGAGUCGAGAUGGGGGAGGAGAAGAGAUGGACGGAGGGAAAAGAGGAAGGGCAGGAGGAGGAGGACGAGUGGGAGGAGGAGGAGACAUGGACGGCGAGGAAGGGGAGGACACGAGGAAGGGAAGGAGACGAGGAGGCAUGGAAGAUGAGGAAGUACGAGGAGGAGGAGACAAGGACGAUGAGGAAGGGCAGGAGGAGGAGGACGAACAGGAGGAGGAGGAGGAGGAGGAGGAGACGAAAAGGAGAAGGGAGGAGGAGACAUGGAGGAUGAGGAAGGGGAGGAGGAGCAAGACAGCGGAAUUCCGUGUUCACUGACCCAAUGAUCAAAGAACUUCUGAACUACUAACUUUGUACGUGCCUCCGCAGGCAACGAAACAAAAACUGCAUACUUGC